GGAGGAGGAGGAGGAUAAGGAAAAACACUAAAGGGGUAGCUAUGGAGAUAGAACGUUUGGCUGGCUGCUUUCUUUGACAGGUGUUGAGUGGGGUAAAAGUCUUAAAACAGAAUCCAGCAUGUACGCUAAAGGUAAAGGAGCUGUCGUCCCUUCCGAUAGCCAAGCGAGAGAAAAGUUAGCUUUAUAUGUGUAUGAGUAUUUGCUGCACGUCGGUGCACAGAAAUCAGCACAGACCUUCCUGUCAGAGAUCCGAUGGGAGAAGAACAUUACACUGGGGGAGCCCCCUGGAUUCCUUCACUCAUGGUGGUGUGUAUUCUGGGAUCUGUACUGCGCUGCUCCAGACCGGAGGGAGACAUGUGAACAUUCCAGCGAGGCCAAGGCUUUCCACGAUUAUAGUGCAGCUGCUGCCCCUAGUCCGGUGAUGGGUAACAUGCCCCCCAACGAUGGCAUGCCUGGUGGACCCAUGCCCCCGGGCUUCUUUCAAGGACCUCCCGGCUCCCAGCCGUCACCCCACGCACAGCCACCCCCACACAACCCCAACAACCCCAUGAUGGGACCUCAUGGCCAGCCUUUCAUGUCCCCAAGGUACCCAGGUGGACCUCGCCCCUCACUCCGCAUGCCAAAUCAGCCCCCUGUGGGAGUCCCAGGGUCACAGCCUCUCCUGCCAAACAGCCUGGACCCCACCAGACCACAGGGACAUCCAAACAUGGGCGGCCCGAUGCGGAUGAAUCCCCCCAGAGGGAUGGGUGGCAUGGGCCCACAGAACUAUGGUGGUGGAAUGAGGCCUCCUCCCAACUCCAUGGGGCCAGGAAUGCCAGGGAUGAAUAUGGGUCCUGGAGGUCGAGGUCCCUGGCCCAAUCCCAACGCAAACUCAAUAGCCUAUUCCUCGUCAUCUCCUGGCAACUAUGUGGGUCCUCCAGGGGGCGGAGGCCCACCAGGAACUCCCAUCAUGCCUAGCCCAGGAGACUCCACAAAUUCCAGUGAAAACAUCUACACAAUGAUGAAUCCUAUUGGCCCUGGUGGUAACAGGCCUAAUUUCACAAUGGGGCCGGGCCCUGAUGGCCCAAUGGGUGGAAUGGGAAGCAUGGAGCCACACCAUAUGAACGGAUCGCUAGGCUCUGGUGACAUGGAUGGGUUGCCAAAGAAUUCUCCCAACAACAUGGCAGUCAUGAACAACCCUCCGGGAACUCCGCGGGAUGAUGGGGAGAUGGCAGGGAACUUUUUAAACCCAUUCCAAAGUGAAAGUCCCCCUGGGAUGUCACUGGAUCGCAGGAUUCCCAUCAAGGCCACCCAUCCCAGUGUUUGCAAAGUGGGGGUUCAGGGCAGGAAACAGUCUCAGAGCCACAGGAAGAGCCAACUCAGUGAUUCUUCCUGCCUGCCUGGCUUCCUCACAGGCCCAGGACAGUGAGAAUGAGGGACUCUGUCUGUCUGGCUGUCUGCAGGAACUCCCCUCAGCAACAGGCCUUUCAGCAUCAAGGCUGGUGGCUCCACUCAAUAAUUGUAUUCUUAUUUUAUUGAAAUGUUGUUUUUGCAUGCAGCAGUUGAGUGAGAGGUUCAAAGCUCACCCUCAUUCAAUUCCUGUGUCCUUUUGUUGAAAUGAAAAGCUGAACUGGUGAUAUAUUAGGGCAAGAACAGUUUUCAUGAUAUGUUUGUAUUUUAUUAAUAAUAUUAUUGUUAUAAUUUUCAUAAUUGAUAUUGCUAUAAUGUUGUAGUUUUGAUUUCCUGUUAAUGGCACAUUGUAUCUCAACAACAUACACAACAGAAUGAGCACACACUCAAAAAAUGCACAAUGACACUUCUGUUUACAUGAUUUUAGGUAUUGGAUGUUUCUUGUUUGUUUUAUUGGUUUCAACCCCCUACACAUACCUCUGUCUUCUGUUCUUCGCAGAAUUUGUGGCCAGUGUCUUUACUACCAGAAAAAUAUGUCAGAAAAAAUGUCAACACUCAAGCAGGGUGUUAUAGGACUACAAGGAUAGCUGUUUGAAAUCGCUCUUAUCUAACAAUAAUCCUUCCUAAAACUCCCAUCCAUCCAUCCAUCCAUCCAUCCAUCCAUCCAUCCAUCCAUCCAUGUUAGCAUGGGAGUUCCCCAAAACUUCUGAAUGUGAAAAGGGUGGCGAUCUCAGAAAUGUCUUUAUCUUUUGGUACUCAAUAGUCUGUCAAUCUACAUGUCUGGUCACACACACCCCUCCCAAAAUGUAAUGUCAUAAUAUAUGUAUUUCUACAGGCUUGUUACUGUGCAAGGAGGGACUGAUCGAAUGUAAGUUGGACAGUUGCUCCUAAUUCUACUUUCAGUUCAGGUGGUUUGGAACAAUAAUGUUUCUGUCUUGCGACCAGUGUCCUUCCUAUUCAGUAAAGAGAAAGGGUUUUUAGACCCUCUAUGCUCUUCUAUGGCUUUGUUCUUGCCUGUAAAUACAACAUAUUGAGCUUGUAUUGUGCUUGUUUAUUUGUUGUUUUGAUAUACAACUUGAGAAUCCUGAAAGUGGUUCCUUCUCCUGCAUUGAUUUCACUGUUACCCUGCAUACAAACUCAAGGCUCAAUGUUAUUUUACUGAUCUGAUCCCGUGAUACAGGCCCCUUGCUACUGGUUUCCAUGUUGUCUUUGGUGUACAAACCUCUAGCUGCUUCCUUCCAGUUAGGGUUGACCUCACAGAUCCUUAUGAUCUGGUGUCUGACCCCUCUCACAUGCAACCAUAGUUUAGCGAGGGGCAAAAGGUGUCCGCAUGCUUCCCAUCUGAAACCGUUCGAUUGAGUUUGUGCAUAUAUUAUGACAUUUUGUAAAAAUAAAAAAAAUUGAGAAAUAGUGCACCAAACAUCUUUGUUAGAUGUAAAGUUGCACGACUAAGAUCUCCUCGGCAAAAACAUAAAACUUAUUGACAGAUUUCUUGAGUUAUCUAAGAUGAAUUCUUACUAUUUUGAGGAAGUGUAUACUGGCUACAGCGUCUCAAAAUGGACAAACCUUACUAUUGCCGCAAAGGUAUUUUUGUAAUAGAGUAUGAGAUCACACUCGUUCGGUUCGGCUAGCCGAGUUCCACUAGGUGCCAGCCGAACUGAAGCAUGCUGACGCCUUAACACCACAGAGCUCCCAUCCACCAGUUCCCUCUGUGGGUCUAGGCCUAUCCAUGGGCUGUUAGAUCCUGUGUUUGGGGGGGGUGUAACACCACUGGUGAUGGGAGUGUGAAAUUACUGGAGUGACUACACGGUGGGGCUUCACUCUCCCGCUACAAAUAAGGAGUGUUCUACAGAGCAUAGACUGCCUUUAAGUCCACCUGCUCACCUCAAAUACAUACUUUGAGAAAUGAGACAAUUCUACCUGGUUGGACUGAAUUGUGAGUCAAACUAUUUCUUUUAUUCUAGUUUAUUUGUUUGAUAUUGUUUGAAUUUCUAUUAAGUGUAUUUAAGAUGAUUAUUUUUUUACAGCCCAUAGAAUCUGCACACCUAAGGAAAGACUUUGCCUAAGGCUGUUCCUCAAACUUUCAUAUGAAAUGGUUAUUAAUCCAAGGGGUUCGACUCUCUUGCGGAGGGAGACGUGUUGUGCUUUUUUGAAAAAAAGUAAUUUAUCAACAAGUUACAUAUUUUUGUUCUUAUUUAAAAUCAUUCUGGCCUCUGUCUGUGAUUGGUCUUUUGCCAGUGACCUUGCUAUAGUGUUGGCAGAUCCGGUAUGGAGUAGCUUGGAUUCGGAGCUAAACAGAUUCAGAGCUAAACAGGUCCAUCUUCUGGGUAGGUUGUCUUGAGGAAUGACUCGCUCCAGUGUUCCUCUAGCAGACUGACUGGCACACAGCCCUCUGUCCCGCCCUCGCCCCCUACAGCCCCAUCCUCACUCUUGAGCCCUCCUUUCCUUUCAUUUCCUCUUUGUAAAUACUGUAUAAUGCAUUUUGAUAUCAUUGACAUGUUUUGAUAUGUCAGUCACUACCAAUGAAUACAGCUUAAAGUAAAUUCUAAGUGAACUGUCCAUGUUUUCAUAAUAAAGAGACGAUGUGCUUGACAUUUGAUUUAAGUUGGCUAAAAACAAAAUUGUGGUAAAAAUUAAAUAUGUAUGUAUAUUUACUUGAACAUGUGAACAUGCAGUAACUGCAUCCUAAACACUAUUGUUUCUGGUCAGUAUACAUGUAGGAAAUGUGAAAACAAUCUACCUUUAAUUUAGCUGUAAGGACAGAGAGAGGUGAAGGGGAUGUCUGAUGUCAUUGAUACAGUUUAUUCUUGCAACUACAGCGUCCUCACUCUGUCCUUGACCCCUGUUGCCAAUGGAAAUAAUCUCAAAUUAGUUCCAAGAAUGGUUAUUGCCUACUCAAAGGCCAUCGUCUCGUUAACAUGCGACCACAUAUUACAGUUUUUAAUAUGAAGGAUUUUUAUCAAUUUAAGACAAACUUUUAAAAUGAAAAAAUACUAAAGGAACCUCAUUUUAAAUUUAAAGAUAAAAGUCAAACUUAUGGGGGAAAACUGUGUCCUUGCUAUUACUCCUGAUGAAAUAGCGUUGUAAAGAUUGAUGCUCACUGAUCCUCUCUCAGUCCUCUGUGUAAUACAAUUGUUGGCCAUCUCUGUACUUAUAUUGUGAUAUAUAAUACUGUAACAUUAGACAGAUUUGGGGGGGGAGUCGAAGGGGGAAUGAAAAAAAUAUUAUCCUGUAUCGUUCAUUGUCCUUUCUGACGACUUGGCAGUAUUCUAUAUGAAGCAGUCUGUCUCUUGGGUUUGCUUUGUAUUUCAUGGUAGGAUAGUUCAGAUCUUGUCUUAGGGACUUAGGUGUCUUGUGUAGGUAAUAAAGAUGUCCUUUGUAUGUUUCUUUAUAUUGUAAAGUUUCUUUAGACUGAAAGAAUAAAAUAUUUGCUUAUCAAAAGAAACGACCGCAUCAAUAAUAAAUGUAAUUUGAUUUUUCCCAAUU